GCGAAUUUUGCAAUUAAUAAUUCUCCUAGAUCACACCGAUCAUCAUCACUCUCUCUAGACAAAAAAAAAAAAAAAAGGAAAUCCAUGCAGCAACAGGAGUCAUGUCAAUUAUCUGUUAUAUGGAGAGGGAAGAAGUUUACUCUCGAGAUGGAUCCAACUGCUACUCUCAAAUCACUGGGGGAUGAAUUGCUGAAUCUCACCAGUGUUAGAGACGAUACAAUGCGGCUCAUUGUGCCUACUAAUAAAAGUUCAAGGCUUUUGUAUCCUUUCUCCGAAGAGCAUUCCUGCCUAAAAUUGGAAGCAGCAUCCAUUCUUGAGGGGAAGUCUAUUAGGAUGUUGGGAGUGCCCAAAGAUGAAGUAGAUGACAUUCUACAGAGUGCAAAGGCAGACCUCAGGAUUGUGGGUUUUGAUGAAGAGGAAAAGCGAUUGAGACAAAGAAACUCAAAUGGGCUUCAAAGUUCACUAAAACUUCCACAAGGGCCUUAUGUCUUUUGUGAUUUUCGGACACUCCACCUUCCUGGUAUAGAGCAGUUGAAUCCUCCUGCUUCAAAAGCUUUAAAACUAAUGCACAAGCUUGCUGCUGAUCCAGGAAUUGUUGCAAUCAUGAAUAAGCACCGCUGGCGUGUGGGUAUCAUGACAGAGAUGGCGCCAGAAGGCUAUGUUGGUGUUUCUCCUCAAUGCAUUCUUGGUUUCAAUAAGAAUCAUGGAGAGGAGAUAUCACUACGUCUUCGUACAGAUGACCUCAAGGGUUUCAGGAAGUACGAUAGCAUCAAGAAGACUCUCUUACAUGAACUUGCACACAUGGUACAUUCUGAACAUGAUGUCAACUUCUAUGGUCUACUUAAGCAGCUUACUGAAGAAGCUGCUAAGUUGGAUUGGACUAAAUCAACAGGCCAUACCUUGAGUGGUCACAAUUUGCAACACUAUGAAGACGAAGAAGACAAUGAUAAUCACAUUGGAUUAUCACACAAGCUUGGAGGACAAACUUCAGUUUUCAAUGCUCGAGCAUCUUCAGUGGCGGCUGCCUACAACCGUUUAGCACAGGCAUCCACCAACAACUCAGAAGAAAUUGAAAUGCAUCAGGCAUCUAAUGCUGGUGACUCACUGGAAAAGCAACUGAAUGAUGUGAAAGUAGAGUCUUCGGAGCAACAAAAUGGUGUAUUUAGUGCUGAUGUCCCAUCUGGUAAUCAAAGAAAAUCUGAACCUGAUCCUGAUGAUUAUGAGGCUGGCUCUCCCAUGGAACAUAAGCCUCAUAUAGAGCUCAAUUCUGAUGAUUAUAAGAUGAGAAGCCGUUCCCCUCCUUUAGAAGCUAAUUUAAGUGAAGAACCUGAUCCAGAUGAUAGCUCCGCAGAAAAACACAAUACAGGAAGUCCUGUUUUUUCAGAACCUGAUCCGGAUGAACAUGCUAUGGGGAUCGAAAAGAAAGUAACAGCCGGUCAAAAUGGCCACGUAAAUGAGGAAGAGACUGGAUCUUUUACACAGACCAAUGGAGAUGAUUUUCCUGAAGGAAACAAGCUGGUUGAGCCAUAUAAUAGUGAUAAGGAUAUAAUACCAGAUGGAGUCUCUAGUACAGUGAUUGAUGAGCCUGAUCCAGAUGAUCAGGAAUUACAGAGGAUACAAGAUCCUGUUGCCAUUAUUUGCAGUCGACUGCAGAAAGCAAUAGACGUGUUGAGAUCUCAAGCCAAUCCAUUGGAGGCCUCUAGAGUUAUGCAAACUAUAUUGAAAAUUAUAAGGAAUGCAAUUGAACACCCAGAUGAAGUGAAAUUCAGGAAGCUGCGGAAGGCUAAUCCUCUAAUUCAGAGGGAUGUGGUUAGUUAUCCAGCUGCAAUGGAGAUCCUCUCUGUGAUCGGAUUUAGUGAGGACUCUGUUAGCGAUAACACUGGUAGAACGGAAACUUAUUUGGUCAUCAAAAGGAAUGAUCCAGGAUUAUUGUGGCUUGCCAAAUCUUCCCUUGAAACCUCCAUUGCCUAGGGGACUCGUACCAUAUGUAAAAUUGAUGCAUUUGUUUGUGACAAAAUCAAACUGAAGACAUUCUUUAUGGUGAGAGGCAUUUGGGAAUGUUUUCCAUGUUGUAUACCACAUUCUGAUAUCUUCCUUUUCCUUGUAUAUACAUUCUUACUUAUAGGACGUUCAAUACAAAUAAUUGUGUUUGAUAAGAUUACAAGGCACUUUUAAUGCAAGUUGAGGUGAUUCUCUA